UGCACAGAAGGGUCAGAGGAGAGAUGUACUUCUGGAGUGCAGGCGCUGACACUAGGCAUUGCGGUGCUGUCAGUGGUGAGAAUCUGUGGCGACGGACGCUGUGUGAGCUGGUAUUGCAGGCAAGGAGGCACAGGAAUACUGCCAGCGUGUAACAGCAGGCGUCUGUAAUCGUAGACUACUGUGGGUACUUCGUAGGCUGGCAGCAGCAGAGCUGAAGAUGCAGGACCUCAUUGUCACAGUGUUCCUGAUGCUGGCAUCUGCUUCAUAUCUGCAUGCAGAGAAAGGAUCAUCGGAAGAGCACAAUCCCUUUGUCUAUGAUUACAAAUCUCUUAAGGUAGCCGGGCUUGUUGUUGCUGGUGUCCUGUGUGCCAUGGGAAUUAUCAUCUUACUGAGUGGAAAAUGCAGAUGUAAAUUCAACCAGAAGAAUGAACAAAGAAACAGAGCACAAGAGCAACAUCUUAUUUCACCAGGGAGCGCCAGUCACUGCUGAACGGCCGCGUCUUCUCCGAAAAGGACUUUUUGUUUUAAGUUUUCUGCUGUAACAACUUGUUUUGCAUCUCGGACCUCUCACACACUUUUUUUUUGUUAUGUAAACGGUUUUCUCUAGAAAUUUUUUGGCUACUAAUACAAAUAAAUGGUUUUGUUUUCUCACA